AUGAAACUAAAGUGCAUGUACACCAAUGCUCAAAGCCUGCUCUCUAAAUUAGACGAGCUUAAGAUCAUUAAAGCCCAAUUGGAAUCAGAUAUCGUCUGUAGAACAGAAAAAUUGUUGUCCAAGAAGGUAGACUAUCGGGAAGUUGCUCUUGCCGGUUUCCAGCCGUUCCGAAAAGAUUUCAACUGGUUGGGAGACCAGGCCAACACGCUCGCCGAACUGCGCUUACAGCGUCGUAGAAGUGCGGCUGCCACAAGGGGCGUAAACGCGGUGGUUCUGGAGAAGCUGCGGGAAACAUUGAACAACAUGCGACUUUCCAGCAACGAGAGAGUCCAAGUACUUCCCCUCAUUGGCAAACCAGGUAAGAAUCAUCCCCCGUUAGUUUUUACCAAUUUGCUCUCUGCUUUAACUAUAAAGGGCCUCAAAAUGCCAACCCUGGGUCCCAGGUUCCGUUGGAAAUGUCCACCGUUCCACAAAGGAUCAGGUAACUCCACUGGAAAGCACGUGCGCGUUUGCCCUUGCGUGCUGACUACCUGCCAGCUGCAUGCUGUUGACAGCCUUUCGUCAUUGGCUGCGGCCGCACUGCUUACCUGGAACCUGGUUGGCCCAAGUCACCUGACUCCUCUAAUCCUGGCGGAUAGCAUAACUGGGAAGGACAAGGCAGAUUGA